AUGGAGUCGACGCUGCAUGCCAGGACGCAGCGGGUCCUGGACGCUGCCCACGCCACGUACGCCUACGUGGCCUCGACGCGGCUCUACCAUGCGCUUGUCGCGCUCGUGCAAUGGCUCACGCCCGCCUGCCACGUCAUCUUCGCCGUCGUCACGGGUACCAACAUUGCGUCUCCCGAGGCGCAGCAUGAGCGAGCGCUGGCCAAGGACAAGCUCCAGCACAACGACGUGUACCGCGAUCGGCUGCUCGCGCUCGAGAUUGACCAGCUUGUCGACAUUGGUGAUGCGCUGCGCAUGACGAGCCGGCAGCGCGACCGCUUCUUCAUGACCUUUCUCAAGCUCGACUGGACACGCCGGUCUGCGAUCACAGUCAAGGACCUCUUUCUCUACUGUGGCCUUCGCCGCAGCCGAUUCGCCGACGUCAUCUUACCGCCGCCGCUGCGCAAACAGAGCUUCCGCCAGCUACCCAACCGGUUUGAGAUUAGCCCGCUCUUGUGCGCGCUCUACUCGUUUUGCUCGCUGCCGCCGCCCGAGCUGCUGGCGUUUAUUGUCGCCACCGCCGAGACCGAUACUGUCGUUCUCGACAUUCUCAGCCAGGAUGUCGAGUACCUGCAGCUAGUCCAGGUCGCCGACGCUGCCAUCGCUCGGAACGAGUCGUACGGACCAGGCCUUCGCCUCCAAGCGCAGCUCGCGCGCCUCUUGCAGCUCGUGGUCGGCACGCUCAACCCGCACGAGACCAAGCUCGUGGCGGCCCUCCGUUCGCUCUACUCGACGACCGACGCCAGCGCCAUCGACUUUGCUGCUGUCCAUGGCAUUCAUCAUGUCUGCGAUUUCAUCCAGCGGUUCCCAGCGAUCGUGUACCCUGCGUUCUGGGUGCAACGGACGCUCCGCCGGCGUAUCCUCGGGCAGCACUUUUGGCAUCGCAUGGUCGACCACCGCCGCGACUGGAUGCAUAGCGGCCACCUCCAGAUCUUUUUUAGCAUGAGUGAGAUUCUACAACUUGGCGCGCCGACGCCGCUGCAGCCAAAGCCAGAGACGCACAAGCACCGCCUGCCCAAACCGCUCUCCAAAGUCCUACCGUCGUCGUGGCUCCUGACCAAGCGUGAGGCGUCGUAUCGUCCCGCAAAGGUCGAGGCGCCGCCGCCGCCGCUCGCAGAGAUGCCGCUGGUCCAAGACACGGACGAUGUGAAUUCGACGCCGCGGUCCAAUGAGCCGACAAUGUACCUCGCCGACGACGAGCGGCUCCGGUACGAGAUCGCUAUGGCUAUCGAAGGCUAUGCAAAUGCGGCCGACGCAUGGCUCGUCACGGCACACAACCUCAUGGCCGCCAUCCAUCUCAAGCAGAUGGAGCUCGAUGGCGAAGCGCGUAUAGGACCGGAAGCGUUUGCAGCCGAGUACACGCGCCUCGUGAAUGGACUUGCGACGCACUCGCUCUCUGAAAUGGACAAGAACUCAGUGCGAAAGAGUGUCGUCAAGCAGUAUGGCUACCAGUUUGCCGAUUUCAUUGCGGGGUUCGGGUUUCCUCAGACUACAACGACCAACGAUGUCAAAGCCAAGAGCACCAAAACCAAGGGAGUAAAGACCAAGCCUACUGCGCCCAUCGAGACGAGCUCUGCAUGGGACAAGCUGUACGAUCCGGCCGAGAAGCGGCAUUUUUACCACAAUGUGCACACGGGCGAGUCGGCGUGGGAGCUGCCGCGCGGUGCGACUCUGGCGCCGACGACCAAGCAUGAAAAGAAGAAGAAGCGAUGACAUUAACAUUGACUAUUUAAUUAAUACGAUUUUCG